AUGAGUCAGUUCAUGGGCACAUCAGGCAUACGUACGACGGCGUACCACCCCAUGAGCAAUCGCAUGGUGGAGUGCUUUCACCGCCAGCUGAAGUCUGCGCUCACGGCAACCGAAGAACACAACUGGGUGGAGGCCCUCUCACUGGUACAUUUGGGUAUGCGGUCCACCUUGAAAGAGGACAUUAGCUCCAGUGCCGCUGAGCUAGUCUACGGCACGACACUCAGGCUGCCGGGAGAGUUCUUUGCGCGUGGCUCAGAGGAGGCAUCGAUAAACUGCAGCGACUAUACACUUCGCCUACACAAUGUCAUGAGCAAACUGCACGCGGUAGCUCCACGGCCGCCAGGCUCGCAUGUGGUGAACGUGGACCCGCAGCUCACUUCGUCCCCACAUGUGUUCGUACGACAUGACGUGGUUCGGCGACCUCUUCAGCCACCCUAUGAUGGACCAUUUGAAGUCCUUCACCCUGGCAAUAAACAAUUCACGUCAAGAUAA